AUGGCGCGCACACAAUGGCGAGCUGAGGACUGGAGUUGUCCGCUGUGCACGCUGCUGAACGCGGCGCACGACGACCGCUGUGCAGCUUGCGACAAUAGAAGGCCUGCUGUGCAUGAGCCGCGAAAGUCUGAGCGUCUGCCGUCGUCUGUAGCCGUCGCUACCGUCUCGAAAGCGCAGGAUCAGGUCAAUGGUCCACCUAGAGGCGUCUUUUUUAGCUCAGUGCCACACGGUCAAGACGUAAACGAUUACGGAUCCUCAUGGAGACAAGAGAAGAGACUGGUCGUGAAUCGACGGUGUGGAAGGUGGACGCGGAAAGGAUCGAUGGAUCGAGAAAUGCAGAAAAAGAGACUCGAGAGGCGGCUCGAGAUGGAGUCAAUCGAGCGCUUUGGCGACUCUAUUGCGAUCGAAAGCGCUGUAAAGACUGUAGAAACGACGGUAGGUGUCGCGUGUGACGAUAUGCAUCAGGUACGACCGAUGGUUGUGACGGAAGGCGAAGCCACGAGACAGGAAGAGGAGGAGGAAGACGAUCCGGGUAUGGACGAGCCCUGCUUUGAUCUGCUGGGGUCUGGAAAUGCAGUGUUCGCUGCACCACUUUCAGGUAACAGUGCGGACAGCUUUUGUGCUACAAAGGAGACGGAGGAUCACGAAAAGCGGAAAGAGAUCGAAGCAGAUGAAGAAGAGGAGGAGGACGCGGUGACCACGUUGCCCGCAUCGCGGUAUCCUGGCUUCAUACCGGCAAGCAAACUCGUGCAAGGAGGAGGAAAAAGCAUCGACGAGAAGUUGUCGAGCGCAGGACUGGAUUUGUCGAGCGAUUCGGAGGAAGAGAAGGCAGCAGCAUCGAAACACGUGACGCCGCACAAUAAAGAAGAGGACUCGUGGGAAAAGGAGUGGGAAUGUAAGACAUGCACGAGCUUCAAUGAACAAAGUGCGAUGAGAUGUGCAAUAUGCAGCCGCAGAAGAUAUGAAGGUGGGUACCACGGGACUGAGACGGUCGAUGGAUCCGAGCUGAAGUGGGCGUGUCAUGUCUGCACGCAUCUGAACCCACACGAUGUGACCGAGUGCCUGGUGUGUCUAAGUCUACGAAAGACGGAUACUGGAGCGGUGGAUAGUCGCUCGGACAAAACGUGGGCUUGCGUCGUUUGCACAACCAUCAACGACAGUGGCACUACACGGUGCGAGGUUUGUGACCGCUUGCGAGAGGAGGAACCGACAACGUUUGCAGAAACGAGUGGACGUGAAUGUCCAGUGUGCACGAACAUCAACUCGCCGAGUAAAACGCGAUGUGAGAUUUGCAAUACGUGUUUGCCAACAGAUACGACUCCCGGCAGUCAUUUCGUCGACCUGUGUUCGAGUCCUCCAGCUCGCAAUUCCGGUUAUGCUGACAGACAAGAAGCCUUUACAAAUUCGCAUGCAAAUUUGCCGCAGCACGAUCACGGUAAAGUACCGAAGAAAGAUGCUGGUUUGGAUCCCGGUUUUGCUGAAGAAAUUGAUGAUGAUGAUGAACCGAUGAUGUCCGUGACCAACCGACGUCCACCAAGAGCGCGUCCUGAUCUAUCGGAGUUCAAGCACUUCGUGUGCUUGGAAGACUUGCGUGGUGACUACGGCUGCUGCAUCAACUACAACAAAAUGUUUGCAGGCCAGAGGUCCAACAAGUCCUACGCUGACCGUCUCGCAACAAGACAAGCACAGUCACGAAAGCGCAAGCGGGCUGUUGCUCAGCGAGAAGCAGGUCAGAGGCCCACCUCCUCCGCACGCGGUGGUAAAGCGGGUCGAGGGAGCAAAAAAAGGAAGACAGAAGCUGCACAGCGGCGAGCUACUCCGGCUGGCGACAAAGUGGUGAAGCCCAAGAGAGCGAAGAAGAAAGUAGGAGCUUCAUCAACACGCCGGGCCAAUGCCGCACCGACGUACCAACCUGGCAUCAACCAUUACGACGAUUCUGCGGCUGAUCUGGGCGAUGAUCUUUCCACGAUGGCGUGGGAGGGUAUCGGAUCCGCGGGUUAUUUCUAA